GCAGAACUCACACUUCCCCAACCACCAUCUCCAAAGAAGAAGAAAAGUGCUGGAUUUUGGCCAUCCCCCAAGCUUACUCUUCUUCUUUCGCAUUAUAGAGAGAGCUCUUCUCGCAAACUUCAUGGCCCAGCUUACAUUUUUUGUUUCCAUUUGUGUUCUUAUUCUAUCACAUUCAUUCAUAUCAGGAUUGCAAGCAACAACUUUUACCAUAGUAAACAAAUGCGAGUAUGUUGUAUGGCCUGGAAUUCUCACAAACGCAGGUGUUCCAUCACUUCCCACGACAGGUUUCACUCUCCAAAGAGGUGAAACCAAGACCAUCACCGCACCGACAUCAUGGGGUGGUCGUUUCUGGGGCAGAACCCAUUGCUCCCAAGAUUCCACCGGUAAAUUUUCAUGUUUGACCGGGGAUUGUGGCUCCGACAAGCUCGAAUGCUCAGGAAAUGGCGCUGCUCCACCUGCCACUUUGGCUGAAUUUACUUUAGAUGGUGCUGGUGGUCUCGAUUUUUUUGAUGUGAGUUUGGUGGAUGGUUACAACAUCCCUAUGUUGGUAGUUCCUCGGGGUGGCACAGGGCCGAAUUGUACCUACACGGGCUGCCCCGUGGAUAUGAAUGACUCGUGUCCUUCAGAUCUCAAGGUGAUGAGCACAGACGGCGGAGGUGGAGUCGCUUGCAAGAGCGCUUGCGAGGCCUUCGGUCAGCCUCAGUACUGUUGCAGCGGCGCGUAUGCAACACCUGAUACUUGCCAGCCUUCUUCGUACUCAAAGGUCUUUAAGACGGCUUGCCCACUCGCCUACAGCUACGCCUACGAUGAUAAAACCAGUACCUUCACAUGUGCCAAUGCUGAUUACACAAUUACCUUUUGCCCUUCGCCUAACACCAGCCAGAAAUCAUCAAAAGGGCAGAACGAGGAACCAACGUCUCCUCUUGAAAACAGCACAAUGGAAUACGAAGGUGCCUUGGACGAAAGUGCAGCAUCGCGGUCCUCGUGCACCAACGUUAUUAUCGGCAUCGCAAUGGUUAUGGCGUUUUGGUGGUCAUGGCAACUCUUCUAAUUUGUCCACCGACUUCAUUUGUAGGAUAGCAUAUAUACCAUAUAGGACCGUAAACUUAGGAAAUAGAUUUUAGCAAUGAGAACCGCAUCAAAAUUUGGGCC